GCCUGAUACCAAUACCUGCCAUUUGUUAGCAUCACGAAAACAAAGAGAUAAAAACCGCCACAGCUGAAGACGCCAGAGACAUCGUCGAGGCCUGCGCUCCGAACUAUCAGGACAUCACCACCACCAACCGAACGAGGCACGACAGACUUACACAAUGGUUCUCCUCAACCUGCUGACACUGGGACUAUGGUCAAAGCUCGGGCGUCUGACACACUACGCCGUCGAUGCCGUUCUCAUUUCCACGGUCCUCGCCGGCAUGAAGCGCUCCACUGGCUUGACGCCUAGUUUCAAGACCGACAGAGCUGCUGGCGAAAACAAGGACGUUUCGAAAUGGAUCGACAAGUACCUCGGUGUCGGUGAAUGGGUCAUGGAUCAGUCGGUCGCUAUUGCUGGGUCCAGCGGCUGGUUCGAGAGGUCUCGGUAAUGGCAUGGUGGCUUUUUGCUCGGUCACACAACGGCGAGCCAGCCGGCUUCAUUCCUUGGAGGAAAUGACACGGGCUCUUGGGAAUAGUUGAUCGUUCAUCUUUGGAUUUGUUGGUCCUUCAGAUCCCCUCUCCGAUAUCUGGCUCGAGUCUGUCGAAGCCAGCAUGUUGUCCAAGGCCGACAAUGCUCGUCACUCUCUGUUUCGGUCUCUUCAGGUGUUGGCGUUAUAAAUGGAGUUGUGCAUCAUUUAGAGAACAGGGCAGUAUCAAGACGAAUACUUCUGCGAGAGUGAGAAUAUAAGCAAAAUGCAUCCCGGGCUGUUCCAGGCCCGACACAUCGGAACCCCAUCCCGGACCCUAAUGCCUCACGAUUUCCCCUUCCCGUGCUCCACUCUCUCGGGUUUGUUAUAGGCGAAACGGCGAAACCCACGGCACAUAGCCGAGGUUACCCAUAGGCAGUACCUUUGAUACUGAAGCCUACCAUUCGCUUUGCAGGUGCACGUGUUGAGACAAUUAGACUUGGGUUGUGGUAACGAGGUCGAAACUGCCCUGGAAUUAUUCCUAAGCACAGCAGUCAUCUUGAAUGGGGCAAAUCUAGACACCUCAAACUCCUGUGC